CCUUCGCAUAGGGGUUCUGGACGGGACCAUCUCCAGCGACGGGGAGGGUGGCGGGGCUGCGGCCGUCAGUUCCUUCCCGCUCUCGGGCUCUCCUCCCCUUUUCCCCUGCGCGCCCAGGGCCCCUGAGUGCGUCACAGCGAUCCCCUCUGCCCAGCAAUGGGAGGGGCCGACCCUCAUCCUGAAGGGGAGAGGAGGAGGCGGCGGCGGCGGUGGUGUGGGGAAGGAAAAUCUGAGGACCAAGAUGUGCAGGGUCUGAAGGACAAGUCCCCCAAAUCCAAAAAAAAGAAGGACCGGAAGGAGGAAAAGCAACAUGAUCCGGCACAGCCAUCUGCAGAACCAGCUGAAGCAGGCAAGGCAGAGAUGUCAGAAGGAGCUGGGUCUGCUCCAGCUGCCCCUGAAGCCUCUGAAUCUCCCAAGCAGCGCCGUUCUGUCAUCCGGGAUCGUGGGCCGAUGUAUGAUGACCCUACUUUGCCUGAAGGCUGGACCCGCAAGCUUAAGCAGAGGAAGUCUGGCCGCUCAGCAGGGAAGUUCGACGUCUACCUUAUCAACCCCCAGGGGAAGGCCUUCCGCUCCAAAGUUGAGCUCAUCGCCUACUUUGAAAAGGUGGGGGACACCUCGUUGAAUCCCAAUGAUUUUGAUUUCACAGUGACUGGACGUGGAAGUCCUUCACGGCGAGAACCGAAGCCUCCCAAGAAACCCCCAAUCCCUAAGAGUCCUGGCACAGGUCGGGGCCGGGGCCGAGGCCGCGGCCGGGGCUGGGGCCGGGGCCGGUCUAAAGGAAGUGAUUCUACAAGGCCCAGAGGAGCUGCCUCAGAAGGUGUGCAAGUGAAGCGAGUGAUUGAGAAGAGUUCGGGAAAGCUGCUGGUCAAGAUGCCUUUGCCGUCCUCUGCGCCAGGAGCAAAGGCAGAAGGCACAGGUGGGGCCACAACCUCGGCACAGGUCAUGGUCAUCAAGCGUCCUGGGCGCAAGCGGAAAUCAGAAUCAGACCCUCAGGCUGUGCCCAAGAAACGGGGGCGGAAGCCUGGCAGUGGAGCAGCAGCCGCCAUUGCUGAAGCCAAAAAGAAAGUAGUCAAAGAGCCCGUUGUCCCGGCUGUCCGGGAGACGGUACUGCCCAUCAAGAAGCGCAAGACCCGCGAGGCAGUCAGCAUAGAGGUGACCAAGCCAACCCCUCCUCUCCCUCUUCCCCCUCCUCCAAGCAACACAGGGGAGCGGAGCCCCAAGGGACAGCGAAUGGCUGCCAAGAGCCCAGGACGGCGCAGCAAGGAGAGCAGCCCCAAGGGGCGGGGCGGCAACACAGCGCCAACCUCUACCCCGUCCUCCUCCCCCAGCAAGAAAGAGCAGCACCAUCCUCCCCAUCAGCCACCUCCAGAGCCGCUGAGCAGCCCCCCGGCCCCAUCUCCAGAAAGCCCCAAGGACAGCAAGAGCUUUCCAGCCGAACCCCAGGACUUGAGCAGCAAGAGCUGUAAAGAGGAGAAAGCUCCUGAAAGUGACGGCUGCCCCAAGGAGCCACCUAAGACUCAGCCUGGUGGCACGGCAGUGCCCUACAAACAUGAGCGUAAAGACACUGUGUCGUCCUCCGCGGCCAUGCCCCGGCCCACAAACAGGGACGAGGCCGUGGAUACCAGGACGCCUGUGUCAGAACGGGUCAGCUGACUUUGAGGGGGUGAGUGAGCAAGUGAGCGCCCGAGGAAACCAAGAGAGGGACAGGCACUCCCAGCCCCACACACCCAGAUGAGACUCCAGGCAGCUGCCGGGUAGGACUCCCCUUUCCCCACAGUGCCCCAGCUUUCAACCAAUCAACUUCCCCCAAACGAUUCUUCCUUUUGUUCUCCUCCUCCUCCCCCUAUUUUUAAUACAGACAAGCACAGUGUGGGGUGCAGAGAUGUGCCUCCCAGGGCUGGAAGCCACUUUGCACUUUUUCUACAGAAUGGGGACACCCUCAUCCCCUCUGCACCCCCAGCCCCUUCUGCCAGGCUUUGCUGCAUAUACUACUGACAAGGCGAGCUGUUUGGCAGGGGAGGGGCAGCUCCAAACUCUGACCUGCUGCCUGAUCCUGCUUGCCCUCCAUAUUACAGAGGCCCCAUGGACAGAUUGGGGGAUGGGGUGGGGGCAGUGUGUGUAUUCCACUCCACUUCCCUAGUGCCAUGUAAUGUAGUUGUCCAGUCUUAAUUGGAGUUCUGUAGUUUUCAGUAGGGUGUAUGUGUGUGAGAGAAAGAGAGAGGUGGAUGGGGCAUUGGUACACUGAAGAACCAAUAUCCCCCAGUCAGGCCAGCAAUUAGGAAGGAUCUCCUCUCCCCCAAGGACAGUUCUGCUGCUAAUAGAGCAUGGGGGAAAUGGGGGCAGCUUUGGAAGAAUGGCCUCCCUCUCUGUGUCUGUACUGAAAGGAGGGGCCUUUGAUUUCGUUAAAGUAAUCGAAAUGUGCUGAAGUGUGUGUCUGUGUGUGUGUGUGUGUGUGUGUGAGUGAGAGAGAGAGAGAGAGAGAGAGAUGAAGAGUUAAAAUGAGAAGUUCUUCCAGUUCUUGUCAAUGAUGUUAGCUUAGGGACCUGUUUGCACUAAUGGAAGCCUUUGCCCACUUACUGUGAGGCGAUGGCAUGAGAGAUGUACGGAGUGUGCCUGUGUGUUCUGGGGGGAUGAGGCACUUUCAGCCGGAUACUAGCUUCCCUCCCCACUUUACUUCUGGGGCAGGAAGGUAGCUGAAUGUGUGUAAAAACUACCUGUGAUUUUGUGCUGGGAUUGGUAUGUAGUGAUGACUGAACUGAGAUGCUUCGUAUUCAUCACUUCUAAGAACUUCCUUACAGUUGGCAACCAAGCUCUUCCACGACAGUUGAGCACACCUCCCCCCCCCCCCCGCUCCCCAGGAAAGCAGGGCUCAGCAGAAGUGUAGCAUUUAUUGGGGACGGAACUUGGGGUCUCAAACUGAAGUCUCUUCCCCCCCUCCCCCCAUCUACAGAAAACUGCAGAAUCCCAUGGGUGGGGGAGUGCUAGCCUCCCCAGUCUGUGUGUAUGUGUGUGUUUAACAGCAUAUGUAGCACAGAUAGGGUCUUAAGGUAGCAAAAUACCCCAAGAACAAGAUUAGGAGCAUGGCUGUAGUCUGGGCAGGGAGUAGAGGGUGUUGUCAUAAGAGAAGAAAACAAACGCAAACUUCCACACCUUGAGAUAUGGUGUGCAAGGAUGAAAACAAGCCCAGUCUUGUUCUGUAAGUCUUUGAGGGCCAAAACAGAUGCAACUCCAUGAUCAGAUCUCCUGAUCUAUUUAUUUUUUAGUAACUUUAAAAGAGCCACAAGAGGCUUUGAGGGGUGGGGUAUUAAACCUUUCUCCCCUGCAUUGUUUCCCCAGUUUAACACCCACCCACCCCUCACCAGCUAUACUACCCAAAGCUGCCAUUAGCCCUGCUGGGGAAAGAAGGCAGGUACUUGUAUAUAUUCUUUUCCUCAGUGGGGUUAAUAGAUGCUUACCAGGGAUGGGGUGGUGGCGGUGGUGGGAUCUAGAUCAAGAAAGCAGUAUGGGGGAGAAGAGGGUUAAACAUCCUGUCCCUCAGCACUGCCAUUCUGAUUAAAGUUGGAGUCCCCUACAGCUGCUUUAAAGUUUAAAGAGGAGAAAAUGUGAAGUGAUCUCAACUGUUGGUGUUGAUUCUAAACAAACCAACCCACCCACCCUUUUUGGUAUAGAUGUAGCCUCUACUAUUAUUCCGCCCCCCUUCCUGUUCACUAAACAUUGAAGUCAAAUUCCUUCUGUGUGUAUUAACAGCCAAAGAACAAAUUCUUUAUUUCUUUUAUUAAGUGUAGAUAUGGGUUAAUAACACUGAUCAUAAGAGAGACUCCAUUGUUACUGUGGGAGGAUUGAUGAAGACCAGGUCUGCUUUCGCUGGGGCAACCAACAGGACUCUGUAUUUUCCCUGGGCUUCCUGUGUUGCAGCCAAGGCCAAGUGUUGAUUUCUGUUCACCUGGGUAUCGAAGUCACUCAGUUAUUUACAGUCAGGUUUUGGGCUGGCUUCCCGUUUUAUGUUUACCUGGAAUAACACUCAUGUCUCCUGUUGGACUGCCCUAGAGUUUGGGCUGGAGUUGCGGCUAAUGCUGGACUCUAGGAUAUUCCCCCACUUAAAAUCUUUCAUUUGAUGUAGGUGGCUGUCCUGAGGUGUGUGCUGUGGGAACUUGGCAUAAAAUGUAAAGGAGCAUGCUCUCCCUACCCUGUCUCCCCUCCUGCCAAAGGAUGGGGGUAGAAAUUAAACAAUGUGUAACUUUAAAAAAAGGAAAAAAAUCUUAAAAGGGCUUUCCCCUGAUGUUUAAAAAGGCACAACUAUCUUGGGGAGAGCAGGGUUUCACAAGUAUUCAUCAGACUAUGGGAAACCCAAAAUGGGGGGGAAGGCCAUUUCUUUUGGUUUCAAGUUGCAUUUGGAAAUCCUUUAAUCUGAGACACUAGACCUGCCUCUGACAAAUCAAGGAUAACUUGCUGUCCUCCUUCCUUUUCAAGAUCUGAAAUUUGAGUUUGCAUGCACGGCUCUUCUCACAUCCAUUAAUUAAUUAUGAUGGGGAUUAGGUAAACUGGGAGCAGAAGUUUGCACUUCAGUAUUCCACUCCCAGGCCACUUCCUUUGUGGCUUCUGUUCUGUGCUACACAUGUAUGCAGUCGUGUGUGUGUGUGUGUGUGUGUGUGUGUGUGUGUGUGUGUGUGUGUGUCUGUCUCUCCCCCACCCCCUUGCGAUUAAAAGGUGUUUGGAAUCUGCAGUGCACUGCCAUUCAAAGCGUGUAAUUGCAACAAAAUAAACAUUUGUACACUUUGCACAUUGUGAGGGUUUCCACGGAAAAGUGUCCUGGGUGAAGUGGCCUCUAGUACUGCUGUCCUGAAAGAGGACUUAAGAUCUAGUGAUCACAUCAAAACUAAAAAAAAAAAAGGCCAAAAAAGGGUCAGACAUAUUUAUGUGGAGCAUGUAGUUAAUGCUCAUGUGCUUGUUUUUCCUUAACUAAACAGCAGCUGGAUUGUGGCUCAGGAUCAUGGCAUGGCAAGAGAGAAGCUUUAAGCCUUUGUCCCUGCUGUGGUCCUGAUAUGGACGGCCCCAUCCCAUUAUGGUGCCAAUGGGAGCUUCCCUUCUGAGGUAAAGAGCAGCUGCAGGGGGGCCUGAUCAGGGCCAUGGCCAAGAGUUACAGCCCCCUCCGAGUGGUGAUCCUGAUCUGCAAGGACUCCUGGUCUGGCUGCUGUUAAGGAAAACGAAGCACAUCCGCUCUCAGUAGGUUCUUAAAGUAUGACAUAGUUUAGCCCUAAAAAUGGCGGCGGUGGCAGCAGCAGUCCUUCCUGUGUCAGACUUGGCUGCCUUCUCUGAAAUUCCAGUCGGUCUCUCUGCUGACUGGAUGCAAUGACAGCAAAUGCAUUUGUGUUGAACACGGGUCUGCCUCAAUUAUGUCAAAGCAAGGGUGAGGCAAAAAGGAACGUACGUGAUGGCAGUGGAGAAGCUCAACCCUCCCUGUCGUCUGCCUCACCACCACCAGACACUUUUCUUCUUGGCUGAGCUCGGGUCCUAGGGGGUGGCUUCGCACAUCACUUGAAAUGUCAGCUUCACCUCCAGAGCCCCGAGAAUGUGUGCGAGCCCAACUUCCGGUUGCUCAAGGGCGAAGCUGACAUUGUUCAUGUUGGGCGAACCUGACAGUGUUGGCGUGCUCCGCCCGGCUCGGUUCCGGAUCUCACAUCUGUAACCAAGAGUUGAAGUUGUCAUUGCCCUCGUGUGCUUCCGGAGCGCCGGCAGCAAACCUGACAUUUCAAGUGAGGUGUGACGCCACCCUAUAAAUCAGAUUUGCUGGAAGAAAUGUGCUGGAGGCUUCAGUCCUUUCCACCUGUGCACUCCUUUGGCUCUAAAAAUUAAACCAACACUCACUCUGUUCAUACAUAGGUCUGCCACCAUUACAUCUAGUUUAGCCCCUGGCAUGCCCUUAUUGCACACUUCCUUCCAAUGCAAGGCGCUGUGGCAUUCCAGACUCUUUCUAGGAUUCAUAACAAUCUGUCUUUAUGCUGCAAAAUGGGUACCUAACUUGGCCGGAAGCACGCAUGUCAUUCUGAUCUUCCAGGCAGUGUAUUGGGCCCUCAUAGCCUUGAGCAGAGCCAGCCUUCUGUAGACUGCCGCAGGGAGCCAGUGUUGGCCAUGUCUGGCCUAGGAGAGGGUUCUUCAGGCUUUCCUAGCUAGAAAAUGCAGCUUUUUGCUGUUGGGGCAGAUGUGGCUUCACCUCUUGCGGUACUCCAAAUUUCUCUCCGUCACAAAGCACAGGGGCAUCCUUUAUGCCAGAAGUGGGCAAGCCUUUGGCCCUGCUCCCUCUUCACAACAGAGCUGCUCCUUCAUGCCCUCAAAGCAAGGCGAUUAGUUUAGGCAGCCAAUGGGGCUUCCAAUCCUGACUGAAAGUCCACCUUUUCCUCUGUCCUGCCCUUUCCUUGCUUGUGAGUAGGAUGAUGCACUUUAAAGCCAGCUGGGAAAGAAUGUUUUUUCUUCUUUCUUGGUGUUCCACAUACUUGCAAAACAGAGCCCCAACCCCAUUGCAGACCAUACGGUUCAGACAGAGCUUCUCAGGCAGCCUUAGGGGAGGGAUUAACUCCAUAGGUAAGCAGCUAGGGAGUCUAAAUAAAAACUACAAAACAAUGGCCCAAAUUGGGUUGAGUGUGUCUAGAUCCAAAAUGUACCUAGGAACGACUUUGGAGUCUGGAAUGUGCUGGAGAAAUCCAGACAGGAGCAGCAAUGCCCAGUUCCAUGCUGGAACCUUUCCAAGUCCAGCAGCUUCUUCUGAACUACUGCUGUUGCCUAGGCUUGAAGAGCUUGCAGAACAAGGGAAAGGAGGGUACCUUCAUGCCAUCCCCCCACUCCUCGGUCCAAAGUGAGGCUGGAAAUUGAAGAGCAGUUGACCUUUGGCAGUAAUAUAGGACCAAACUAGAUGUGUGGCAGACCCAGGUUGCUGCCAAACAGCUCCAAAGUGGCCAAAGGUGGACACUGUUUUCAGCAGAGAAGUGACAGGCAGGCACUCUUAACUCUUCCUGUCUGUCUCUUCCCCAUCUCUCCCCCUACCGCCCCAGUAACCUCUUUCUUUCAGCCUUCGCUCCCAGACUUCUCAGCUGCAAAUGGCGCCUUCCCCACUCUAUUUCACAACUGUUCCUGGAUCUGGGUCUUCCACCAAAUGUCUAGUUCAGCCCAAAGGAAAGGAAUUGAGAAGUGCAAUGGACGGACUGAUAGCUCUGUGUGUGUGUGUGUGUGUGUGUGUGUGUGUGUGUGUGUGUGUGUGUGUGUGUGUGUGGUAAGUCCAGGCCUCUCCCCAUCACCCUGACUGAAUGAUGCUGUUGGAGCGAGCUGCUUUUUCAGGGUGGGUUCCCACCUGUUGGCGUUUGGCCACCUCAGUACACUUUUUCACAGUUGUUUCAAAAGUGAAUUCUGUGUGCCCAGCUCUGCCCACUUCCACCCAGCUCCACCUCAAAAGACAAAUGCGGAUAGUGCCUGGUGUUUGAGAGACUGUGCAAGAGGUUUCUACCUUGUUAGCAUUGUGAACCACCCGAUGUUUCUGUGUCAAGUGAAAAUAAACUUCUCGUCAGUUUCAAUUAUUAUCCAAUAAUGUGUAGAGUUUAACGUUAGGCCUAACUCUUAUUUUGUUUGGGGAAUUAAUUUCUGUUUUGUGUGCGUGUGUGUGUGUGGUUGUUUUUUUUUUUUAAGCAUCAAGUAGACACAGAAAGAUGGUCUAAUUUUAUAUAUCUGUAUAUUGCAUUAUAAAUGAGGGGUUGCUUUUUUUUUUUUUUAAUCUGCUUGUUGCACCACUACCAAACAAAGGACAACAGACUGACAAGCAAGGAAAGAGAUGAAAAACUGUUAUGUUGCUUCUUGACCAUUAUUCCUGGUCUUUGGUAUCAUAGGACAAGGGGAAAUAAAACCAACCCAUGAAACCUGCCUGCCAGUAACUUUUUUCCAUAAUAGAGCUGAACUGUCUUUUAGCUCUGGCUUCUUUUCUAUAUUUUUAGAAGGGGGUUUCUUCUUUGUCUUGAUUAGGGCAAAACCAAUGAGGUGGUUGAGUAUAGCCAAUGUUUUGAGUUUGGUGUUGUUUUUUUUGCACUCAGUCAAUUUUAGAGGUGGAGCUGAGGGCAGGGCACUCAUUUGUUUUGGGGAUGAUGAAGAGAAGGUGGGAUAGUGGGAAGGAGGGACAUGGAGGGCUUGUGUUGUCUGGUCUCCAUAAAAACUGAACUUGUCUAACCAGUGGCAUUAGCAAUGCCAUUUAUGCCCGCUUCAGUAGUAGAACCACUUAGCCUGGUAGUGUUGCUUUUUUGGUUCUCAGUUUGGCUGCCUAAUGCUCUUCUUCUAGAGCAGGGUUUUUCUUCUUUAUAUCAAGCAAAAUUCUUUUCACCCACAUAGCUGUCUUUUCUGACUCUCCCCCCCCCCCGCCCCACCACCACUUCAAUCCACCUCCCUAACAUUCAGAUCUAGUCUGUGUUCUGCAGCUCCUUUUAAUCAUGUGCCUUGUAUUCCCAGCCGGCAUAAAUUGGCAACACUCCACAACAUGCAGUCUCCUCCUACCUGCUGAAAUCACGUUCAUUCCUCCUGUUCCCCCCCAGUUUAGCACAAGCUCAGAUCAAAUUUCUAGAGACCUCACACCUUUUGUCUUUGAUGUUGCACUUUUACAGGUCAUUCUCAUCUUGUAGGCUGAGGCAGCUUCAGAAAAACAGGGUGGGCAGAGAAUAAGGUACAUCUGUAGGGGGUGGUGGUGAUGUUAGUUGAGCUUUGUCUCUCUUAUUGAAAUCUUCCCAAACAGACAUAAUUCUGUGUGUUUUAAAACUGACUAUUAAUUCAGAAUGGGUGGGCAGGCAGUUCUUCAGCUGGGCGUUUGCCCUUCCUCUCCUACCUGCCUAUGCUUGCAUGUGUGUUUAUCUGGGGUGUUAGACUUGCAUUGUAUUAGACUUUAUGUACAAUUUCCAACUGGUGGUUGCAGCUAUUUACAUCAGGGCCCGGCUAACGUUCAUCAGGUCAAAGGCUGAUUGAUGCAUUUAAUAGGGGGAGUAGAUGAUCUUCAGGGGUCAGCUUGCCAACACUUCACUAGCCACUCGUUGCUACAUCCCAUGAGGGACCAUUAGGGAGAGGGCUGCGUGUGACAGUUGCUCUCCACUGGCUUCCACCUGCAAGUCGCCAAAAUCAGCAAUAUCCGCUCGGAAGGUAGCAGCUUAAAUUUGCCGUUCUUCCAAAAGCAGAGAGAGAACUAGGCCGAGCGCAAAUUACACUUCUACAAGGGUGGAAGUGUGACUGUAUUCUUCCUGUCUGAGAUGGGGAGAGAGGAUUUCCCAGUCUGUAGACCAACUUGCACCGGGUUCUCUUCCAGUCGCCCGCCUGGCAAUUUUCUUCUGAGCUGUGCUGGUGGGCAGCACUUGUUGCAUAUACCUGUCUCUGCAUUGAGGGGUGGGUGGGCGAGUUCGAAAUCUUAUCUUGGUUUUUCUUCAUGAGUGCAAAAAAAAGAACAAAAACCUUGGCAAACUCCUUCCUCCCUCUCUUGUACCGGGGGAGGGGGCACUCUCUCCCUGCUUCCACCUGACAACACGCGGCUAACAACAAACCAACUUCCUUCUGCUUCACAACUCAGUAGUGAUCACCGUAUGACCAAAUAUUACAAGGACUGUUAUUAAAUGUAUGCUGAGUGCUUGCUACCCUGUACAGCUCUUUGUCCUCACGUAGCCCACUCUUUCUCUCGCGCCAGUAACGUUUCUUCCUUUUUCUUUCUGACGCUUCAAUUUUUCUUUUCUUUUUUAAAUUCCAGAGACACAGAUUUGUGGGCGGGGUGGGGUAGGGGUGGGGGGUGUUUGUUUUUUCCUUUCUGCUAGUCUUUUUCUGAAAAGCUGUGGUGUUUUGAGAUUCUCAUUGUGCGUAGGGUUUUAUCUCCCCACUCCCCUGAAAAAAAGGAAUGUCGGUGAAAACCUUCUGUGUGUGUUUUUUGAUGGUCCACGAGUACGUAUCGUGAACAUUUCUGUAAAGUAAUUGUUCCAGGCACAAACGCUUCAGAUUUUUGAGUGUGUUUCAAAUAUAUUGUGUAUAUUUUUUAAAGGGAGGUAAAAUAUAUAUUUUUAUUUUUGUCUUGUCUAUUGGCAGUAAAGAGAAAAGGGAGGCUAACUGGGGAUGUGAUAGGUGGAGCAUUUUAACAGGCAUUUCCAGGGUAUUUUGUACAGCUUCUGUUUCUAAAAGUCCACCACCAGUAGGCAUUGUAGCAGGCAAGUGAGGUGGCUGAAUUCCUUCACAUAAAUACUCAUUUGGCUGUGGAAAUUCAACCAGACGGACCUAGCACCAUAAGGGCAAUAAAGAGGAAUGCUAUGAAAUGUUACACUAGAUUCAGAGUUGAAUUAACAUCCCAUCAGAGGGGGCUGUUUGCAUUUCUUUUUUUAAAAAACAUUAAUUUGUUUUUGAAUGCCAAGAGUUGCUACAAAUGCAUAUUGAUGGGAGCUUCUGAUCCAGCCUCAGAAGUCUCUUGUUCUACGGCAGGGUUGUACAGCUUUGGCCCUCCAGUUGUUGGAUUACAGCUUCCAUCAUCUCCAGCCAUAAUUGCCAGUUGUUGGGGAUUAUGGGAUUUGUAGUCCAACCUCUGUAGGAGGGCUGAAGCUGUGCAGCCCUGUUGCAGGGGAAUAAAAGUGUGCUGAGCAUUCUUCAAAUUUCAUACUAGGACUAGAUAUAGGCAGGGAUUGUAGCAAAUUCUUGACUCUUUCUGAAAGCAAUCUUAAAAGGUUUGUUUCAUUGUUCAUCCCCUCCCCAUUCUUCCUGAUUGCACCUUGCAUUUGGUUGAUGCGUUUUUGGGACAAUUACUUUUAAGAACUCUGAGUAGAUUGUUUAAUAAAACUUUAAAAUGGAUUGCUCUUUUUGUAGGUUUUGUGUACAGCCAAAAAAAAAAAAGACAAAGCACUGACUAUAUUUAAAAAAUAUUAAAAAAAAGAAAUUUAUUAAAGGAAAAUUUGUAUAAUUUCAGUAAGAAAAUAACAAAAUCCGUCUGAAUGUACAUGUAUAUGUUUAAAAAAAAUAUCCACCAACCCUCCUUCCUACCCUUGUAUCCUAUUUAUUAUAUAAAACGUUUGCCUUAUAAAUUUACAAGAAAACAGUCCUUUCUUUAUGGGUGUCUCUAUCUUUUUUUCUUUUUGGUUUUUAAAAAGUCAACUUUGUUUUUUAUCCUUUGGCAACAAGGAUGGACAGUGGCAACUGCAAUUUUAUAUAUGUAAGGUCACUUAAAAGAAGCAAAUUUAUAUUUUUAUGUUAAAACAAAUAGGUUCACUCCCAAGCUUAGCACUCAGCAUGCAUUCUACACAGUAAUCUAGUUGCAUCUCAUGUUGGUAAGUACUGUAUUCUGUGCUAGAAUUGAAUUAUAAAACUAUGUAAAUGUUACAGAUUUGUUUGAGCCUUUCGUUACCAAGGUAGAAAUGUUCUGCCCUGCCAUUAAAAUAUAAUAUUUUUUUUC